CUAUCUGUGGGUUUUUGUGAUGGGAAGUAAAUAAGUAAUUGAAAGUCAUGCCGAAGUGACUGAAAUUAUGCUUUGUAUGAAGCCAAACCCAUUGUGUAGUUAGUUACCUCAAGCUGUUAUCCAAACUCCCUUGCCUUCACUGCCAAAUCAGGCAGCGCACGCACUGUGGAUUUCAUCUGCAAGAAGAGCACUGCUCAAUUUUUAAUAAUGGCCAAGCGACGCUGUCAUAUUUUCGCUUCGGUUGCGCUAUUACUGUUUGGGAUUGUAGCCAUUCUCCUUCUAACUAUUCCGACGGAUGACUUGACCGAAACCCCGGAAUUUAUGUAUGGCAUAGUCCUGGACGCAGGCUCCUCUCACACAGCCAUGUACAUCUACAAGUGGCCGGCAGACAAGCAGAAUGGCACGGGUGUGGUCACUCAGCACACUGAAUGCCACCCCAAGGGUGGAGGAAUCUCUAGCUAUGCGGGACAGCAGCGAGAGGCAGGGAGAAGCCUCCAGUCUUGUCUGGACCAGGCCACGCGGGACAUCCCCAGAGCCAGGCACCACCUCACACCUGUCUACCUCGGAGCCACCGCUGGCAUGAGGCUGCUCAAUAUCUCCAGCCCUGUCCAGUCAGCUCAGGUCUUAAAAGAAGUGGGUCAAACAAUCCAGUCCUAUCCUUUUAACUACCAGGGGGCAGCCAUUUUAAGUGGCCAGGAGGAGGGAGCGUACGGCUGGGUCACUGUCAACUAUCUCUUGGAGAACUUCAUCAAGUAUGGCUUUGUGGGCCAUUGGCUGAGCCCAGGCAGACAGACUGUGGGGGCGCUGGACUUUGGUGGGGCUUCCACCCAGAUCACCUUUGUGACCAAGGACGAGGUGGAGGACAAGAGGGACAGGAUGAAUCUACGUUUGUACGGCUAUGACUACUCCCUGUACACACACAGCUUCCUGUGCUACGGACGAGACCAGGUCUUCAAACGCCUACUGGCUCACUUGGUGACGGGUCAGGGUCACACAGGGAAAAUGUCCCACCCGUGCUUCCCUGCAGGCUACAACGUCACCAUGAAGAUGGGGACAUUGUUUGACUCUCCCUGCACGGUGGGCCUGACACCCAGCUCUGGCUACAAUCCCCAGGCAGCCCUAUCUGUGGAGGGCAGUGGCGACUAUGAUCACUGCCUGGGCAACAUGACUGAGAUCUUCUCCUUCCACAGCUGCCCCUUCUCCCAGUGCUCCUUUGACAAGGUGUUCCAGCCCAAUGUCAGUGGCAGCUUCAUGGCAUUCUCAGCCUUCUUCUACAUUCACCAGUUCCUACAGACUACUACAGGAAUCCUUGUUGCCACCCCUGCCCAACUGGAAGAGGCAACCCGUGCUGUCUGUAACAUGAGCAUCAAUGAGAUGUUGGUGCUGGCCCCAGACCAGGAGCCUCGUCUGCAGGACUUCUGUGCUGCUUCUGUCUUCACCAAGGUGCUCUUCACGAGAGGCUAUGGCUUUGACGAGAUCUCAUUCCCCCGCAUUUCUUUCCAGAAAAAGGCAGGGGAUACCUCUGUGGGCUGGGCCCUGGGCUACAUGCUCAGUUUGAGCAGUCUGCUGCCGGGGGAGAGCGUAGGCCUGAGGAAGGCUCUGAAACCUGGAGCCUGGGCGGCCCUGCUCUUCCUCUUCGCCCUACUCCUCACCACCGCCUUGAUGUACGUCUCCCUGCAAGCCUGCCGCGGGAAGAAGAAAGGAAGCCGUGACAUUGCCAGCUAAUCAUCAUAAGGGAAUCCCUUAUGCUGGUGUUACUAUCCUGGAGUGUGUAGAUAUAAUGUUGGAUAAAGUAUUAAUUAUAUUGUCUCUCUUUACACAGAGAUAAAAAGUGAGUCCUCCCAGGCUGUCAAUACAUUUUAAAUAUCCUCGCUUUAACUUAUUCGGGAUCGGUGUCCCUGCCUCGAGAUGGUUGAGCUAACGUAGGCUAAUGUGAUUAACAUGAGGCUGUAAGUACAAUAACAUUUCCCAGGACAUAGACAUAUCUGAUAUUUGCAGAAAGCUAA